CUUAAUAUUAAAUAUUGUAGUCAAUAAAUAUCACACUUCAGAAAAAUGAAUAAUCUGUGGAUAUAUACUGCGAUCGCAUUUGUUAUAAUCUCCAUCGAGAGUAAUGCCACAAAUACAUCGCUUAACGAGGUUGAGAUGACAGGAUUGUUAGGCCGUCCGGUGGGCCGUAAGACCAGUAUGUUGACGGCCGGAUACCACGGACCGGCACUAUUGCAAGACUUUCAGUUCCUGGAAGAGAUGGCACACUUCGAUAGGGAACGCAUACCCGAGCGGGUGGUUCACGCCAAAGGGAGCGGUGCUUUCGGUGUGUUUCGGGUGACGAACCCCGAUAUGAGGCGCUACACGAAAAUGGNUUUCCUGGAAGAGAUGGCACACUUCGAUAGGGAACGCAUACCCGAGCGGGUGGUUCACGCCAAAGGGAGCGGUGCUUUCGGUGUAUUUCGGGUGACGAACCCCGAUAUGAGGCGCUACACGAAAAUGGCACUCUUUGACAGACCCGGCAAAGAGACCGAAGUAGGCGUCAGGUUCUCGACGGUGGCCGGAGAACAGGGUUCGGCCGACACUGCGUUCGGUGACCCGCGAGGGUUUGCCGUCAAGUUCUACACCGAAGAGGGAAACUGGGAUUUAGUCGGGAAUAACGUCCCCAUGUUUUUCAUCCGAGACUCGCAACAGUUUCCGUCCGUAAUUCACGCCAAUAAACGCAAUCCUAUGACU